GGUGCGUGCCACUAGCUUCCAGGCUGUACAUGUAUAUCCACAUCGUCAUCGCUGCAAGUUCGAAGAAGAACGGCAAAAUGGCGGGUCCCAAGGGUGCCGCGGCGGAACAGCGACAUCUUGCUCGACUUAAGGAAGCCCACAACAACAGUAUAUAUGUCACAGCACCUGCGCACCAGCAGCCUAGCACCCGGGGUAACGUGCCCGCGGCCGGCAGAGCUGCUUCGAAUCCCAUAGUGUUGCCGGCGGCAAGCCAGAAUCAGGGCCACGCCAAGCAUGGCGACACGCUAAGAACGGCCCAGGAACAGCACGGAGCGGCGGUCGCAAAGCAAAGCGUUCCGGAGCUGCCCAGUGGCCCUCUUCCGCCUACUCUUCAGAAAACAGCUCCACUUGCCGGAAGGUCGGCGCCUGCACCAGCCGAGGGCGUCAGCAAGCUCGCUUAUCCUCCUUCGGUUCGCCAGGAGGAUAGGCCGCCGUCCCCGGGACUCCAGCCUGGCGUUAUCGCGGAGCUUAGUAGCCACGAGGAAGUGCCCGAAAGCGCCGUGACCUUCGUGUUCGUCUACUUGUGCGUCGUGGUGUUCGCCAUGGUCGGCCUGCUCGCUUACGUCUACCGCAGCCUGGCGUCCGGGACAACAGGAGUGGAUCUGAGUACCUCCGAGACGACGACGCUGUCGGCGUCGAAACAGCUGGCGGACGCCGAGGAGCGUGUACUCGGACGCGGCGCCACCUGGGCAGUGCCACGACCGCUUGGAAGUAGGCGGGCUACCACGACGUCGCGGGAACCGAAGGCGCGUGAUCAUGGCGCCUCGGAGAGCGUUGGAAGCACGGGCGCCGUCGCAAGAACUAACGAGGAAGCCAACGUCUCUAGAACCAAUUUCGAGGAAGGCGACGAAGCAGGACGCACGACUACAGUCGCGGCGACGCCAGAUGACGAGCGGCGCUCCCUUGAGUUGGUGUUGCUUGCGGCACCAGGCAAUGACGAGAGCUGUGGUGACCGGGAGUUGAAGGGAGACGGUCAUUUAGUGCGCCGAGGGCUACGCCGGCGUGUCGGAUAAUCCAACGGCCUGUACGCGUAGGCUCGCUUUGAAGUGGCGCAAAUGCUUUAUUGUUGCGCGUUUAUGCAGGCUGUAAUAAAAACUCACACAUAG